GUUUUCGGCUAGAAACAUCGAUAGCAAAUCCUUGACAUUGGGUGGACACUUGGCUACCUAGCCUGAUUAACUCAAAUCAACCAGGCAGUCGACUCGUUGUUAGUUGUUCAAAAAUAACCCGAUAACACUUGGAUCUCGCCAGAUUGUGUCGGGUCCAUUCUUGAGCUCGGUAUCAGAGACCGAAUGGAGAACGAUUUGGAUUUCCAUACAUAGUCAUAUAGUCAUAUAUUGUAGAAGUCGACAAAAAACAAUGGGCGAGUACACGCCCAUUCGAAGUCUGAAACCCGGUAUGAAGGACAUGACUCUGAUGUUUAUCGUGUUGGACGUGGGUCGGCCCAACACCACCAAAGAGUCUCAUGAAGUGCGCACCGUGAGUGUGGCCGACAAGACCGGGUCCGUCAAUGUCUCGUUGUGGGACGAACCCGGGAAGCACGUCCAAUCCGGGGAUAUCAUCCGCAUGACCAAAGGUUACACCAGCAUUUGGAAAGCUUGUCUCACGCUUUACGUUGGAAAAGGCGGCGAAUUCACCAAAGUCGGCGAGUUCUGUCUCAUCUUUUCCGAGGUGCCUUUCCUCAGCGAACCCAACCCUGAAUUUGCCGCCAUAGCCGCUUCUAAUCAUGCCGAUCGGGAUCGAAGCGGGGGAGGAGGCGGCGGCGGCGGCGGCGGCGGCGGCGGAAUGGAUGGGGGUGGUUCGCGCAAACCGUUCAAUCGAGCCAACAAUGGCGGACCCAUCGGAUCUAAUACCCCUCCCGUUGGUUCCUUAGCUGGAUCUACUAAUUUGGAGGGCGCGGGAGCUCCUCGGGCGCGGUUUUCGGCUAAUGGCGUAGGUCCUCCUGCUGUUGGUUUAGGGACUUCCAAUAUGCCUUGGAACCCCAAUGUGGCCCCGCCCGGAUUGGCUCGAAAUGCGAUGGGUCUCAGUAGUGUCAGAUCGAACGUAAAACGUUGAGGUGUUUAGUAUUGCUUGCCUAAUAAAACUUCUCCAAGUAUCGUU